GAUGGAUGUCCUAUAAGUCCGGGCUUUACAUUAUCUAAAGUUUAUUACUUAAAGCCUCUGUUGGCUAAUAAUAAAGACAAACGAGGCCUCGCACUGGACGGUCAGCUCAAGCACGAGGACACUAACUUAGCCUCUUCUACAAUUGUAACAGAUCCGACGCAAAAGGAGAACUUAGGGAUAAUAGUUCAGUAUAAGGUUAAAGUUAAACUUUGUUUGGGACCGUUGGGCGGGGAUGUGGUCGCAGAACUUCCUUUCGUUUUAAUGCAUCCAAAACCAGAUGACAAUAAUUUAAGCACUCCUUCGAAACCAAUGGACUCUACGAACGCCGACGGAGAGGUGAGCGCUCUCGACGGCCAGAAUCAAGCGGUCACCGAAGCCAACCUCAUCCAACUCGACACGUGA